AUGCGUGAGGAAGAUGCUAUUGUUUCUCUCGGUGCAGUAUGCAUUAGCCUAUACCAAUGCCAGCCCCUUACUUCUUCAAGGAGUAGGUGCCUCUAUGGCACGGCGAAGGAUUACAGGGGUGAUGUUCUGGUGCCUUUUUACAAGGGCUGCUUGACAUAUAGAGAACUUGCGGAAGGGGUGGAAUAUCGUCUCAACCAGUACUUUGUUGUGCACCCCUCAGCUGCACCGCAGCAGAAAUUCGCAAAAAUGUCUACGCGAAAAGCCGUCCCGCAUGCCUUCAACGGUGGUGGUGGUGUUUGCAAGAGUAACACCCCUGGCAGUGGCUGCAGUUUUAACGGAUCAUAUGUAUGUUCUCGCUGUGACGGAAGUGAUGACGCUGGAAGAGCGGCAAACACGCAAACGUCGCAAGGCAUAUUUGAGGAGUUCCCGAGGAUUGUGGUGCGCAACUUUACAAGAGAGCGGGAUGCCAAUCCUGAAGAGAAAAAUGUGAUUUACGAAGCCGUCGAUGACGCAUCGGAGGUAACCGAAGAUAAUAUCUGCUGUUUUUUUUAUUACGUCAAAGAGAAGUGCACGAAAACCACCACACCCACUCUCUUGAAGGAUGGUAGUAUCAAGCGCCCACUGAUUGGUCGAGAUCAUGUGCGCUCAUACGCCUCUGACAACGCCUUUACUCACGGCGGGAAGGUGCAGCAACAUAUUGAGUUGAAGGUGGGCGAACGUUUGCUUCGAAUUGGCACUUCCGCCGAACAGAAGUUUGAAGACAUCUUUCAGCGCCUUAAAAGGCGAAAUCUUCAGGUGCAUCGUCUCUUUGAUGGUGUUACUGGGGCUAGUAUCUUGCCCUGCGAACUCGUGCGCCAUCUCAGUUGGAAAGUGUCAGCGCUGUGUGCGGAAGUUACUCUCCCAGAUUCAACGUCUGCUGGCAUGAAGCGGCGGCGUACCGGUGAAGAAGAAUGUCCGGAAGACUACCUAAGAUCGAGAAUGCGAGAUAGGAAGGAGGAUGAGGACGAAGUGCAGACGUGGAUAAGUCUCUCGGAGGUUCCCACAGGGGCGUAUGAUGGGAGUACGCUAUGCCUAACCUCGGGGUCUCUUAGCGGUAGUGCCUAUACAAAUGUAAAGGACAGUGAAGACCGACGUUCCUGGCAGUAUGAGCAACUGCUGCGUAAAGCAACUUUUGGCUUUGACGAGGAUGAAGAUACGGUGCCUCUCGUAGACGUCCUCCCACCAGCUCUUCAUGAUAAUUUUGCUGCUUCCGCCGAGGCGGUGGAAGGAAGUACUCCUUUGCGUUCAUUCUAUUUGGACGAUGACUCUUACAUGUCGUCUACGUUGACUGGUACCGUUAAUGAUGCGGCUCGAAGCAGUGUUGCUUUCACAACCCCGCUGCGUCUUGAAAACGAAAUUUCAAUACAAGGGAGUGGUGACGGUCUUAGCCUGCGGCGGCGCACGGUGCGAUCCGGUUGUGGUGCAUAUUCUCCUAUAAUGGUCACUCAGCAGUCUCUGCCUGAUUUUCUCCUUGAGAAUUCCGACGAUAACAACGAGGAUGAAGACGAAUAUGACGAUAAUAACUGA